CUGAGGUGCACAGGGGUCAUCUGCACUGCAGCGGAACUAAAAGUGGAAGAUCCUUGCUCCUGUCUCUUCUCCUUUCUUGACCGUCCAGGGGGAAAAAGACAGAAUGGUGGAGGCUUUCUGUGCUACCUGGAAGCUGACAGACAGUCAGAACUUUGAUGAGUACAUGAAGGCUCUAGGUGUGGGCUUUGCUGUUAGGCAGGUGGGGAAUGUGACCAAACCCACCGUGAUCAUCAGCCAGGAAGGGGACAGAGUGGUGAUCAGAACCCAAAGCACGUUCAAGAACACAGAAAUCCGUUUCCAUCUGGGAGAAGAGUUUGAUGAAACAACUGCAGAUGACAGAAACUGUAAGUCUGUUGUGACUCUGGAUGGGGACAAACUUGUGCAUGUGCAGAAAUGGGACGACAAAGAAACACGUUUUGUAAGAGAGAUGAAGGGUGACCAGAUGGUUAUGACCCUCACCUUCGGCGAGGUGGUUGCCAUCCGCCACUACGAGAAGGCCUAGUCAGGCAGCCGCUCCUGGUUGGGAGAUCCUUUUUGUUUUGUUUCCUGUUGAAUAAAGUUUCAGUGACAUCCUGCUAAUCACUAAUUAGAAGGUUUCUCUUGGUGUAAAGUGGAAAAUAAUGACUUAAAAACAUAAAAAUAUGUUACUCCAGCCAUGUUUUGAUCUGCAAAUUCAUGUUUUAUAACUUGUUUUUACAUUUCAAGUCAUGUUUUAAAAUCAAGAAGUGAUUACAUUUUGUACUUUCUCUUGGAAUGUAUAUCAAACUGGAAUAAACCUUACACAAC